UGUCUGGCUCAAGUUACUGCUGAGCUUUUCUGCUCGUUAGCAAGAUGAUGACUUUCUUUAUCCCACACUUCCCAAGUUCCCUCAUUCGGCUUCUGUGAUCAGAGAUGGUUCCCUUCCCCCUCAGCUUGGUACACCUCCACCAGCGCCCCAUUUCCCUGCUGUUUGCACACUGCUUUCAAUCCACUGGGGGCAAAACCCUCCCUGGGCCCUUCCAGGUCCUGCUCUAAUGCAGCAGCUGCUGUUCUUCCCAAUUUCUUUCUUUCAUUACAAUCCCUGUUUCUACAUACUCUCCAAUCCCCCUCGAUUACUCUACCCAGGUCCUUUGCUUCCUUUAAUCUGUGUAUCAUCGGGAGAAAAUACAGACAUUCUCGCUCUGAUUAGCAAAAGACCUUGGGAGGUGCAAACAAGUUCAGCAGACAUGGAGGGAGAAAACCAAAAGAUUGUAACUGUGCCAGACUGAACCUCUCGACAUGAUCACGAGACGUCUGGCUUGUACACCUGGCAUGGCUGUGAGCAGAUGCUAUGAAGGUCAAGCUGACCAGUGGCAAGCCCUGCUGAACCUGAGGUGUCUGACAGAGGUGAGUGGCGAGGAACCACAGGUCCAUGUGUGACAAAGGAGCAGAGGGUGGGCUGCCAAAUAAUGGAAGACCCCAUCAAUUGUGCACGGAACCCGCUUUCUGUUGUCCGGGCCAGAAACAAAUGGGGGAGAUGACCUGUGCAGAUGGUGAGUGUGGGAAUGAAAUGUUUCUGCAUUUAAGAACUAGUAAGGUGAGUGUUUUAUGGUCUGUGCUGUCAUCUAGUGACGUUUAUUGGUACUGACAAGUCUUUCUUCAUUCCAAUAAAGGGGGGUUAUUAAUAAUUCUCACCACUUGUCCUGUAGCUAAACUUUCCAUAUUUAUGCAUGCUUAGUAGUUAAGAUGAAGUAAUAAGUACAAAAAUUUCAGCUUCUGUAUUAUAGGCUUUUCUGUUUUGCCAAGAGGCCCUCAGCAAAAGACCAACCUAGGGCCUCUACAUGAGGUUAAAUGUCCCACUUUUGGAUUCAGAGGAAUGCAACAGGUACUCCCCUACAUCUUUCCUUCCAAACUUACCUAUAUCUAAGGACAGCAGGUUAUCCAUGUGGGCUCCUUGGGCUGUGCUUCUGGCUCAGGCUGGAGAGGCUCAGGAUGCCCAGGGAUGUGUUACCUCCAGACAUCCCAGUGCUCAGUACUGUUAUAGAACAUGGUUGAUAAGAGCUGUGAGACGUUCCAGAUCUGCUCUGUGACCUGGGAUGAGCACCAGAGGUCCCUGGCAGCCCAGCACAAUGUCCCCAGGCAAAUGUCACCCCAGGGUGGGAUGUGGCUGAUAAGAGACAGGUGGCCACGGGGCGGUCAUUGUCCUGACAUGGCCAACGCGGGUGGGAGGAGCAGGGACAAGCACAGCAGCGGCAGGGCCAUGCUGGGCUCUGCUCAGCUCUGAGGGGCUCCUGGCCGUAGUCACUGCUGCUAGCAGUGUGGGGAAAAGCUCUGCUGUUCCCAGAGCUUUACCCAGCAGGAUGGCAGCAUGGAGCUCCAUGUGACAACAAGAGAUGAACCAGGAAUGAGAGAGCUGGAAGUGCAGGUACAGUGUCAGGAACGCAGUGGAUAAACCACAGUGCUGGUCCCAGUGUGUCAACAGCCACAAACCACCUCGCUGGAUGACCAGGACACCACGUCCCAGUCAUACCACACCACAGCAUUGGGACUACACGUUACCCCAUGGGAUGGGGAGAGAGCACUCAUGAGGGACACUGGGAGAUCCCUAGUGGAGGAAGACAUAGGAUGAUAACUUUUGGUGUGAGGGUAGCACAAGUAGCCCUGAGAUGUUAUAGGAUCUCCACUGUUGGAGAUAUCUGUAUCCUUGGCUGGACACAGUCCUUGGACACCUGCUCUAGGUGACCCUGCUGGAGCAUAGGGGGAGCAGACCAUCUCCUGAUGGUGUUGGGAGGUACCAGCAACAUACACAUGGAGGCUGCAUGUAGUGCUGGGGAGCUACCAUAGCAGUGCAAGAGCUGGGGGAUGGCAGUGCUGGGCAGGAAGGGGUGAGAGGCCCCAGGUACCUCCACUCCUCACCACCCUGCUCCAUGCGUGCCCAGGGAUAUGGCAGCAUCACAGCCAGCUGGGGCUAAGGACAAGGGUGGGCUCAGAUGAGGACAGGGGCACAGAGCCAGGGACACAGCACAGCUGAGCCCAGUAGGCCUGAAGCCAAACCCAGCCUAGCAGGAGGGAGCAGAGGAACAGUGGAGCGGGGACUUUCCUUGACUCUAUAAAAAGCCUCCACAGAGCCGGGCAGCAGUGGGACGCAAGGAGAGCGGAGGCACAGGGCCAUGGAGCAGUACUUCUUGGCCACGCAGAAGAUGGAGCAGGAGGUGAUGUUCCCCAGCCUGCUGCGAGGGGUCUUCCCGCAGGACGGAGCCGACCCAGCCGCUGGCGGCCCCGCGGAUCUCUACGAGCGCUACCAGCUCCUCAAGGCCAUCAAGCCCGUGGUGGAGCGAGGCCUGGCCUCCGUCACUGAUCACAGUCCCACCAGCAAUGCUGACGCCGACACAGCCCCAGAUGAUGGCAUAGAUGGGAAUCUGGAGGAACGGCUGUCCCACCACAUGAAUGGCUUGCAGCAGGUUCUGACCGACCUCACUAAAAACACCAAAGCUCUCACCCGGAGGUACAGCCAGAUCCUGGAGGAGAUCAACCUCGGUGAAGGUCAGAGCAGCUCAUGAGCCUGCAUGCAGAGAAUCCAAGGGUGAUCUGACAUUUGCAGCCCAGUGGCAGCUUUACUCCUGUGCCAAGUCCCACCGAGGAACAUCUUUUGUGACCAGCACAGAGCUUGACUGUACCAUCCAAGUUGCCACACGGCCAAUCCUCCCAGCAAACCUCAUUGCUUUGUUUCACCUCCAUUUCCGGGGGAUUGCCUUGCAGCAGGCAGGGCAGAAAAGAGUGUUCUCUGUUACUGCUUCCUAGAAGGCAUCUGUAACCUUGAAACAAUGCUUUUGUUCUGCAUGUGCCUAAACCACCUCCCCACUGGUUUCUUUGAUAAUGUCACCAGUUCCCGAAGUCAAUGAUCUGAAAUAAAAUGCAAAGCCUUGAGAAAUGUAAUGUGUGUUUUCUACAAGCCAUUACUUUUGCAGAGCUACUGUCCUCUAGCCCAUGAUGACAAGGACUACCUUGGCCACCAAGGUCAAACUCUAGUGCAGGGAAGUGAUCUGGGUUUCUCCUUUGGAGAGUGGGAAUUGGGUUUGUGCUGGGAUAGUUGUUCCCAAAACUCUCUGGCUCUCACAUUUUGCAAAAGCUUGGAACAAUCCCGGUCUUGAGCCACAUGCUGGGAGCCUGUCCUCCAGCAUCUUUCCUCUCCUUCCUAUCUCCUCCUCCUGGAUCACCAGCUUGUUCACAUCCCAACUCAACCUUUACGUCCCAACCCAAUCAGUAGCUGUGCAUACCUUCUCCUAUCCCACACUCAUCCAGCCCUUCGUGCCAUCUCCAUCAUAUCAUCUCCACCACAUUGUGCCAUCAUGCCGUCUCCGCCACAGACAGCCCUGGGGACAAUUCUGCCUCCUCUCCAUUUGGUCCCCACUGGGGCUGUGGCACCCUCUGGAGCCAGGCAGAGAAGAGAGCGUGGAGAUUCUCUGAUAUGUUGAAUGGGAAGGCAAGGGCUGUGCUCACCCUCAGUUCCUUACUGGGCAGUGGUUUGGUGCUCUUUGCACAGGCUGUGCCCCAUCAGAGGUGACUCUCCUCUCCCAGAUCCAUCACUGGAAAAGUGCUACUGAACUGGGCACUAGGGGGAGUCAUCCCCGUGCCUCUCUGGGCCUCGUCAAAAGUAAUCCAACUGCUGAAACACAGAUGUUUUGGUUGAACAAACCCUGGUACUCCAUCAGUUUUCAGUUUUGAUUAAAGAAAACAGAGAACUGACGGCAUCUGUAAAAAGAGGAUUGCAACUGCACCCGGGGCUGUGGACUCUGUUUGCACUGCAUGUGCUCUCAUGUGCAUCCUGCUCUACUGGGGUUCCUUAGGGAGAGACAUUUCCUGUAAGAAGCCUGGUACUACCCAAGGACAAAGUAAGGUAUCUACAAGCUGCUGCUAAAUUGUUCCCAAGCACUCAUCAGAGAAACAGGGAAGGAGUGUAUAGAACCAGAGCUUAUUAUUAGAUUGUAGGCAUGAAGUAUUUCUGUAACAGUGUGAGCACUGGGAAAUACCCCUGUUCUACCCAGUCUGAGCUGCUAUCGUGUAAUAAAAAACGAGCAAAUCUUGAACAAUUUACAUCUCUUUCUUCCACGUGUGAAGUUGACUCAACAAGAACCCUCAGAUCACAUUCUGUGGGACUGCUCUCCAGACUCUCAUCCCCCAGUCUGCACAUACAGCCAGGGCUGCCCUGUCCCAGGUGCAGAAUCUAGCUCUUGCUCUUGUUGAACUUCAUGCGGCUGGUGACUGCCUAGCUCUCUAAAUUGGCAAGUUAGUGGGAGCCACUGAGCAUAGAGCUGAAGAGGACAGCAAGCAUGGCUUCCUCACCAGAUCCUUUUUUCUAGCACUCCAGGAGCUUAUUUCCACAGUGGAUACCCAAGGAUUUCCUCUUGACUGAAGAUGCAGUCACACAGUAUCCCAAAGGUACACAGUCAAAGUCUGUUUUCUCUUUCUUUCCUUAUUUCUGUGUGCCUAAUUUACAGAACAUGGUCUUAUUUCUCAACCUUGCUUUUCCAUUACCAGCCCCACGUUUCCUCUCCUCCACCACCUGAAAGAAGUAGGCUGUAGCCUCCAUGAGACCAGGCAUAAACCCACUGGCUGGGUUGCUCUUCUCCAUAGACUACACCAGAAUGUUUUUCUCUUCUGCAGAUUGUCCCUUUCCUGGCUAGACAGACAACAUUAGCCUUAACUUAGACUAGAAACAAGCCAAAGUCCCUCAAGAUCCAGCUGACUGGAUCCAUGUCAAUAUGUUUAAUAGGGUCACUGGAUGAGAAAGAGCUGCAAAUUUUGGAAUUCAGCUCUGCCCACACCUUCCAUGAAGGCACAUCAAGGACAUGAGGAUAGAGAGAAAGAAGGGAGUAUGGUUGAAUCUAGUUUGGCUUCUUGCUCCAGGAAGGUCUACGAGCCAAUUUGAAUGUGAUAUAAAAAGAAGAAAGAAGUCAAUGAGCAUGAUGAUCAGGAGACUAAUGUUUCUUAGGAAUGUGGACACUGAUGGCUUGUUGGGUGUUUUACAGAUGGGAAUAUGAGUGGUUGAGGCUGUACUCUGGGUAUGCCUAUCCCCAUUCAUUCACUGGGAAUGAAGGGAGGUACUCAGCUGUCUUGGCUUUUGGUGUCCUGGAGCUUGUCCGAAGGCACAUGCUGAAGCCACCCAGGCACACAGAGCUGGGUGGAGCAGCUAAAUGGCUGGGAGGCCCUGGGUGGAAGUGCUUGUGGUGUUUGCACAGUGGAUGGCUGUUUGACUUAAGAGUAGCUCCUGAAGUGCAAAGCCUCCUGCCCAGAUGCAGUGGUGCAGUUUCUCAGCAGAUGCUGCUGGAUUUGUUUUUUGGCUGUGCUAUGCCUCAUCCUGCUAGGCUAGAAGUUUGCCUGCAUUCAAGUUUCCCCAUGCU